CCCCUGCUGCCUGGUGAGUGUUGCAAAAGCUACGGCAGAGUCAGAGCCAAGACAGGGUGAGGUGCAGUGCCCCCUGCCCUCACCAUGGCCAUGAGGGAGCUGGUGGAGCCUGAGUGCGGGGGCUCUAACCCCCUUAUGAAGCUGGCUGGCCACUUUACCCAGGACAAGGCCCUGCGGCAGGAGGGGCUCCGAGGUCCCUCAGCCUGGCCCCCUGCAGGUCUUGGAGCAGAGGCAGUGUCCAAACCUUUGGGAGUGGCCUCUGAAGAUGAGCUGGCUGCAGAAUUCCUACAAGAGCAGAAUGCCCCCCUGCUCUCCCGUGCCCCACAGACCUUUAAAAUGGAUGAUCUGCUGGCUGAGAUGCAGGAGAUUGAGCAGUCAAGCUUCCGCCAAGCCCCACAGCGAGCUCCAGGUGUGGCAGCCCUGGCUCUAUCUGAGAACUGGGCCCAGGAAUUUCUGGGGGCUGCGGAUACUACAACUGACGUCUCCCCAGAUUACAAUGAGGCUGACUGGUCGCAGGAGUUCAUUGCGGAGGUGACAGACCCUCUGUCUGUAUCUCCUGCCAAGUGGGCAGAAGAAUAUCUGGAGCAGUCAGAGGAGAAGCUGUGGCUGGGGGAAACAGAAGACCAGUCACUGGCAGAUAAGUGGUAUGAGGAAUAUCAACCUGAGGAUGAUCUUAAGAAAACUGCCAACGAUUUCCUUUCUAAAGUGGAUGACCCCAAACUCAACAAUUCUGAGUUCCUAAAGUUUGUCCGCCAGAUCGGAGACGGGAGGGUGUCGAUUGAGGCUAAUCAGGUGACCCUGACCCCCAGAGACCAGGAUCAGGCAGAGCAGUGGACAGCUGAGUUUAUACAGCAGCAGGGGGUAUCAGAUGCCUGGGUGGAUCAGUUCACCCGAACUGGGAAUGCGUCAACUCUGGAUACAGAAUUUGAGCAAGCCAAGACUGCUGUGGAGUCAGAUGUGGAUUUCUGGGACAAGCUUCAGGCAGAGUGGGAGGAGAUGGCCAAGCGAGAUGCAGAGGCUCACCCCUGGCUCUCAGAUUAUGAGGAUCUCAGUACCUCCUCCUAUGACAAGGGUUAUCUCUUUGAGAAAGACAAUCCCAUGAGGGAUCAUCCACAGGCAUUUGAUGAGGGUCUGAAGUGCCUGGAGAAGGGUGACCUCCCCAAUGCUGUCCUGCUCUUUGAGGCUGCGGUGCAGCAGAAACCUGACCACGUGGAGGCCUGGCAGUACCUGGGAACCACCCAAGCAGAGAAUGAACAAGAGCUGUCUGCAAUCAGUGCCCUCAGGCAGUGCCUGGAGCUGCAGCCAGGGAACGUCACUGCACUCAUGGCUUUGGCAGUCAGCUUCACCAAUGAGUCUCUGCAGAAGCAGGCAUGCGAAACCCUGCGUGACUGGCUGCGCCACAAGCCAGCCUAUGCCCACCUGGUGGGGAAGGACCCGGAAGGAAGCAGCUUGGCAUCCAGCUUGGGGUCCUCCAAGCGCAUCCUGGGCUCCCUACUGUCUGACUCCCUGUUCAUGGAGGUGAAGGACCUGUUCCUGGCAGCUGUGCGCAGUGACCCCUCGGCCGUGGACCCCGAUGUGCAGUGCGGCCUGGGCGUCCUCUUCAACCUGAGUGGCGAGUACGAGAAGGCCGUGGACUGCUUCAGUGCCGCAUUGAGCGUGCGCCCCAACGAUCACCUCCUGUGGAACAAGCUGGGUGCCACUCUGGCCAACGGGAAUCGCAGUGAGGAGGCUGUGGCCGCCUAUCGCCGGGCACUGGAGCUGCAGCCAGGCUACAUCCGCUCCCGCUACAACCUGGGCAUCAGCUGCAUCAACCUGGGGGCCCAUCGUGAAGCAGUGGAGCACUUCCUGGAGGCCCUGCACAUGCAGCAGAAGAGCCGGGGCCCACGGGGCCAGCAAGGUGCCAUGUCUGACAACAUCUGGAGCACCCUCCGCAUGGCCCUCUCCAUGCUGGGCCAGAGUGAUCUGUAUGGGGCAGCCGAUGCCCGUGACCUUCCCACCCUGCUCCAGGCCUUUGGCCUCCAGCAGUGA